AUGAACACCCCGCAGUCGAACAAAAAGAAGGGCAGAAGCAGAAUUGGCGUUAGUAAUGAUAACGCUAGCCCCGCGAACAAUGAAACGCUUAGCACACAAGAAACAUCUAAAUUUGUUUUGGUAAAUCCCAUUGGUGAAGAUGCAAAUAAAACAUUCAAAAUUGGUAUCAAUGACUCCAUACCAAUUAUAUCCUUGGAAGGAAACAGUUUUGAUGAGAAAGGCACAAUUCAAAAGGGACAUGCUGCACUGUCAGACAAAGAUAAAGAAGAGAAGGUUAUUCUGAAUAGUUUGCCGGUAGCCAUGGUAAAAGAGAUUGGCGAAUACGAGCAACAGUUAGGUGAAGCAGAACCACUUCCAAACUCUUACAUUAGAUUUAUGGAACGCAGCGGCGAAGAACUCGAUGGAGAAGUAGAGUACGAUUUAGAUGAAGAAGAUACUGCUUGGUUGAGUAUAGUAAACGAAAGACGAUUAGCUUCAGGACUCAGCCCACCUUUGGAGCCUGAUACGUUUGAACUCUUGAUGGACAGAUUAGAGAAACAGUCUUACUUUCAGCAACAAAGUAACGGCAGUGGAGGAGUUGCAGCUGAUGAAGAUGCAGUAUGUUGCAUAUGUAUGGAUGGAGAAUGUCAGAACAGUAAUGCUAUAUUAUUUUGCGACAUGUGCAAUCUAGCUGUUCAUCAGGAUUGUUAUGGUGUACCAUAUAUUCCUGAAGGACAGUGGUUGUGCAGGAGAUGUUUGCAGAGUCCUUCGCGGGCAGUUGACUGUGUUUUGUGCCCAAAUAGAGGUGGUGCUUUUAAACAGACUGAUCGCCCAGCCACGUGGGCUCAUGUUGUAUGUGCUUUAUGGAUACCAGAAGUGAGAUUCGCUAAUACAGUGUUCUUGGAACCUAUUGAUAGUAUAGAGAGCAUACCUGCUGCACGUUGGAGACUUACAUGCUGCGUGUGUAAACGAAGGGGCUCAGGUGCUUGUAUCCAAUGUCACAAGAGUAAUUGUUACGCUGCAUUUCAUGUGACAUGUGCACAGCAGGCUGGUCUAUGUAUGCGUAUGAGGACAGUACAACCUGCAAACGGGGAGCCGAUGUUAGUUCAAAAAACAGCUUACUGCGAAGCCCAUACACCUUCUGAUUAUCAACCUUCCACGAAUCCUGCUGACGCUAGGAGGCGAGCAAUUGCAAAUAAAAAAAGUUCUUCUGCUCCUGUUAUUUCUAUUCCGACCAUACCACCGGAACGUAUCAAGGAGAUUGCUAGCUUAGCUGAAGGAUUGCCUAAACGAAGUCAACUGAUACAACGCCUCAUAGCAUACUGGACUUUGAAACGGCAGUACAGAAAUGGAGUUCCUCUUCUUAGGAGGCUUCAGAGUUCACAUCCACAAUCUAGACCACCGCCACUUGGUGAAAAUUCUUCACCGCCGCCAGAUAGCGAAUUGCGUGGCGAAUUGUACCGUCAAUUAACGUACUGGAAAUGUCUGCGUCAGGAUCUGGAGCGAGCUCGAUUACUUUGUGAGUUAGUACGGAAACGUGAGAAAUUGAAGAAAGAACUGUUCAAAGUAAAAGAAAAAUGCUUGUUGUUUGAAUUACGUCCACUAGAGAAUAUUCUCCGCUCUUUGCUAGAAGCAAUCAAAAUGAAAGACGUAAACGAUGUGUUCGGACAGCCCGUAAAUACGAAAGAAGUCCCAGAUUAUUUGGAAAUUGUAUCUCAUCCUAUGGAUCUUUCUACAAUGCAGGCCAAGAUAGAAAGACAGGAGUACGAUACCAUUGGAGCUUUUGAAGCAGAUUUCAAUUUAAUGGUAAAUAACUGUCUGGCCUACAACCGCAAAGACACUAUGUUCUAUCGAGCUGGAAUAAAGAUGAAGGAACAAGGCGGUAUUCUUAUAGAACAAGCUCGCAAGGAUUAUCCUGAACUGGAUCCUGUCAGUGAAAGCGAGCAAACAGCGUCGAAGUCUCGCAAAAGGGACCGUACUAAUAGAAAUCGUGCGGAAACGGAGCUACAAUCCGGAGAGAAAGAAAUCGGCGGUGGAGGAGUGAACAGAAGAACUGCGGUUCUUUUCACUCGCAAGGCAAGAGCGAGAGCCAGUAGAAGUAAUCAGAUGUUCGUCUUGGAAGACGAUAAGAAGAAACAGAGCGACAGUUUCAAAGUCUACAGGAGUGGAACAAUGGACAGCGACGUGGGAGAAGGUGAAAGUCAAUCAUCGAGUUGCAGCAGCUGUUCAACGAGUAGGGCCACUACUCCUGAUUUAGAAGAAGAAAAACAGAGGCAGCAAGAAGCGAACGAAGCGAAGAAAGAGCAAGAAAGCAGGCAGGGAGCGGCGAGCAAUGGUCUGGAAGCUCUCCAACUCGUAUGGGCCAAGUGCCGCGGAUAUCCUUGGUAUCCGGCUCUUAUAAUAGAUCCUAAUACACCCAGAGGUACUGUGCACAAGGGUGUACCAAUCCCAGCACCGCCUGAUGAUGUAUUGGCGCUCGCUGUCAAUUACAAAGAACCAGUAUUUCUCGUUCUUUUCUUCGAUACCAAAAGAACAUGGCAAUGGUUACCAGGGGAGAAGUUGGAGAAGCUUGGGGUAUCUGAGGAAUUGGACGAAGCAAAAUUAAUCGAGUCUCGAAAGCCCGCCGACAGAAAGGCGGUGAAGAAAGCAUAUCAAGAGGCGCUCCAUUAUCGCAAACAGACACACAACACGACGUUGAAUGCCGGAAAGUUGAAAAGAAAGAUUUGAAAGAAAGCAAAAGAUCGCGAACGUUCAAGGUUUCGACUUACUCUCAGACACCAGAAGUCCUUCAUCUGACGACACAGGUUCAGAUCCAGCUCGCAAAUGAGAAGGCCGUCUUUACAGCGACUCAAGCCCGGUGUUCUGGUACCAUCAGGAGCAGUGAUGUAGCUAGAUCCAUAGAAAUGGCCGAAGUCGUGAUGCGCAGGUGCCCCAUCUCCAGACGUGAAUUCGUUGGGGAAUUGCUCAGUUCCAACGCGAUUAAUGGCACAAGUGAUGUAUAUAUAGGUAAAUUUCACCUCAGCACCAUUCAACCCGAACAUCAUCCAGUUUUGGGGAUGAUGUCGACCAUAGCAGAUGUUAAUGGCUACACGUCCAAAGCUCGUUUCGAAGACAGGGUGCCCUGUAUUUCCCUCCAUGUAGUAGGUGGACUCGUUGAAAUCGCCUACACGAGGAAUGUGGUUCUUCCUGUGUUUUCCAAUUAUUGUUCCAUCUUUUUCAAUCACCACGGAGGUAUUCCACAGUGUGUCACCAUUCGCGGAGUCCCUCUCAAGGAUCGGACAGAUAAUGACCAUUCCGUGUCGUUGAGCAAGUUCACUCAUAAGUAUUACAGUUGGCCCGUUCUCAGCAUCCUCGGCGAAUUCGCACCAGGGAUAUUUCUCUCUGGUGCAGAACACGAACGGCAUGGCUACGACAUAAAUUAACAUAUUCCUAUUAUUUCCAGAUAAACAAGCAAAACAAAACAUGA